CGAACAAUGACAGAGGGGUGGGUGGGCUGUGCGGAGUCCUGAAUUUGCCACUGCAUCAGGAGGCAGAAACUCAGCAGGGCUUUGCAGAUCAUCGCCAGCUCAUCUAGCAAUUUCUCCAGUGCGCCGCCAUCCUUGUGAGAGCGUCCAAAGAUGAAAACAGAGGAGCGAGACCCCUGUGCGCAGGAAGAGGACACAGGCAGGACAGGAGAUAUCCAAGUGGCAGGAUGCAAAACAAGGGCGUCCUUGGAGGAAGAUGGAAAUCCCACAGGAGCAAAUACCAUGAGGUCCCUCGGAAAAGUGCAGGUGAAAGAGGAGCCAGAAGAAGGCACAGCCCACCAUUGGGAAGCCCAGUGGCAGGAGUUCCUGAAGACAGCGGAGCCCCUUCCCUCGAGGCUGGCCUUCCCACAGUGGCCAGAGGAGCCCGCACCGUGGGGCGAUGCCAAGGCCUUCCUGGCCUCCUUCGAGCAAGUCGCUGAAGCCUGCCGGUGGCCCAGGGAGGAAUGGGCGGCUCGCCUCCUGCCAGCUCUCAGCGGAGAAGCGGAAACGGCCUUUCACAAGCUGGAGCUCAGAGACAGAGAGGAUUACGGCAAGGUGAAGGCGGCCAUUUUGCACGGGGACGCCAUCAGCAGGGAGAGACACCGCCAGCACUUCCGGCACUUCUGCUACGGGGAGGCCGAGGGACCCAGAGCCGUCUACAGCCGACUGCAGGCGCUUUGCUGCCAGUGGCUGAAAGUGGAGAGGCACACGAAGGAGCAGAUCCUGGAACUGUUGAUUCUGGAGCAGUUUCUCACGGUUCUACCCGCCGAGAUCCAGAACUGGGUGCGGGAACGUAGCCCAGAGACGUGCUCCCAGGCCGUGGCCCUGGCGGAGGGUUUCCUUCUGGGGCAGCGGGACGCGGAGGGAGACAAAAGCCAGGUGCCGCUGGAGCAGACUGUGGAGCACUUCUGUGAGGGGGUGCUUCCUCCGUCGCACUUUGAGCAGCCGCACCCGGGGACCAAGGAGGAAGCUGAUGGGGAGGCCAGCCUGCUGGGUGAAGGGUGGAUGACAAUACACGAGAGCGAGCAUUAUGCGCCAGAAGACUCAGAGCGAGUGGGACCAUGUCCGGUGUCACAGUGGAAAGCAGAAGAAAUUGUGCCGCAUUGCUGUGAGACAGAAAAUACCUCAGCGGAUCAAGAGAGACCCAAAGGCCCCCAGUCAUGCCACGUCACAGACGAAACUGAUCCUUAUGGGGAAGAUUACAAAACUCUCAUUAUAACCACAGUCCAGCCAGGAAUCGACCCUGCUGGUAAAAAACAAAAAGCUGGCAAGGGUUAUGAGAAAAGUUUCAGUCAGAAUUCCGGCGCCCUUAAGAGCCACCACGCCAGAAGCAAAGCCCACAAAUGCUUGGCCUGUGGGAAAUGCUUUCUCUCCAGCUCAAAGCUCAUCAUUCACCAGAGAACUCACACUGGAGAGAAGCCGUACGAAUGCUCAGACUGUGGGAAAAUGUUCCGCUCCAGUUCGGUGCUUUACCGUCACCAGAGGAUCCACACCGGAGAGAAACCUCACGCGUGCCCAGUUUGCGGGAGGAGAUUCAGCAGCAAUUCCAAUCUAAGUCGGCAUCAGAGAAUUCACACGGGGGAAAAGCCAUACGAAUGCUCAGACUGUGGCAAGAGCUUUAUUCAGAGAGCAAACCUGAACAAACAUCAUAAAAUCCACACCGGGGAUGGGAAAAGCGGGGAAAUUUUCGGCUUGAGCUGACAGCUUUCCACAUGUGCCAAAAUGCACAUGCUACAGAAAUCAGGAGGUGGUGGAUGGGAGUGUGCGAAUGAGACGAAAACAGGUGGCAUGUUAGCAAAACGAAGCAAGCAUGAAGAGCUGAGAAAGAAUGAGUGCGGUCACAGAGGGCUACAAAACAAGAGGGCGACUCCCUGGAGAAGAGGGAAAGAGUUACUUGGAGAAGGACAGAGUCACCUCGUGAAAUCUCCAUCCAGCAAGAAAAAGAGCACAGAAGGAAAAUGCCUCAAAGCUCAGUGGAGAUCCCAUAUGGACUUAAACUAUAAGUGCUCCAUGUGUGGAAGGAGUGUCAAUGAAAGUACCAAUCCAACCUCACACUAGAGAUACUAUAGGGCCGUGAUGGUGAACCUUUUCGAGACCGAGUGCCCAAACUGCAACCCAAACCCCACUUAUUUAUCGCAAAGGGCCAACACAGUAAU